AUGAAACUACCAGGUCACGGAUGGCUCGGUGUGGCUGUUGAAGAAUUUAUCUAUUUUCUUCAUUCUACUGAUCAACAAAUUAAAAGAUCUGAUCCAAGACGUUGGAAGUGUUUACUUGAAAACUUGAUUUGCUUCCCCAAAAAGGAUAAAAUAGAACAUGUCUGUUCAUUUGAUUUGUCCAUACUUGUGUUUUGUUCAGUGGUUAUAAAAGGCGUUGACGAGACAGCUGUACAUUGCUUUGACACCAGAUCUCAAGCAUGGACAAGGCUCGAUAGCCUGGGCGGAUCAGCCAAAAAUAUGCAUAGUUUCAACAAAGAGAAUCAAUUAUAUAUUCUUCAAGCUAACGGCAAUCUUUGGGAAAUU